CCAUUUUCACGUGCCAUGUUCCUGCAUUUAGGCCAAAACUCCCUCUAUAAAACCCACUAGAUCGAACCUCCAGAACCCCAUCACGUCGAAGUCAUCUUCAUUGCCACCACCAUCAUCAUGCUGAAGCCGCAUCUUCAUCAAUCCCGGUCCGCUUCCCCGACCCUGUUCCCCUUGAGCAAGCCGUUUAGCCAAGGCAAUGGCGGGGUCGCAGUCUUGCUGGCACGGUCGGCGCCUGCGCUCCGAAAGAGCCCUAGAACCGCUCGGGUGGGGCUCGCCUCGAGAAAGAUCAAAGCGGUAGCGAGCCCCGGCGCUACCGAGAAGUCGCUGUCGGUUAAAGCGGUGGUGUCCGUGAAACCGAGCGCCGGUGGGCUGUUCUCGGAAAUAGGGAUAAACCGGGUCGAUGAUAUUGCUGAUUUGGUGGGGAAAACGCUCCUCUUGGAGCUCGUUAGUGCAGAGCUUGACCCCAAGACAGGACUAGAGAAGGGGACAAUCAAAGGGUACGCACACAAGAAAAGCCAGAACGAGAAGGAGGUGACCUACGAGUGUGAGUUCAAGGUCGACGAUUUCGGGGAGGCUGGGGCGAUUUUCGUGGAGAAUGAGCACCACAAGGAGAUGUACCUCAAGGAAAUCGUCCUUGACGGGUUUGCCAGCGGUCCUCUCAGCAUUACAUGCAACUCCUGGGUUCACUCCAAGUUCGAUAACCCACAAAAGCGGGUCUUCUUCACCGAUAAGUGCUACUUGCCGGCGGAAACGCCGAGCGGGCUGAGGAGGCUGAGAGAGGAGGAGCUGGUGAUCCUGCGGGGGAAUGGUCAAGGCGAGAGGAAGUCGUACGAGAGGAUAUACGAUUACGAUGUGUACAACGACCUCGGGAAUCCGGAUAGCGGCGCGGAUAAGAAGAGACCAGUGCUUGGAGGCAAAGAGUUCCCGUAUCCCAGGCGAUGCCGGACCGGGCGCCCUCGGUGCAAGACCGAUCCAGAGUCAGAAUCGAGGAGUGGAACCAUAUACGUGCCUCGAGACGAAGAGUUCUCGACGAUAAAGGAAUUGACGUUCUCAGCGAAGACGUUGUACUCGGUGGUGCAUGCGCUGGUGCCGUCGCUUGAGACGGCGAUAGUCGACACCGACUUGGGAUUCCCGUUCUUCACCUCCAUCGACGAGCUCUUCAACGAAGGUGUCAACUUGCCCCCGUUGCAAAAGCAAGGCUUCUUCAAGGACCUCCUCCCUCGGCUCGUCAAGGCCGUCACUGAUGUCGCCGAAGAUGUCCUGCGCUUUGAAACUCCCGAUACCAUGAACCGAGACAGAUUCUUUUGGUUCAGUGACGACGAGUUCGCUCGUCAGACCCUAGCGGGAAUCAACCCUUGUACGAUCGAGUUGGUCACGGAGUGGCCCUAAAGCAAGCUCGACCCUAAGGUCUAUGGUCCGCCUGAAUCAGCAAUCACGACAGAGAUCAUUGAAAGGGAAAUUAAAGGUUUUAUGACUAUUGAUGAGGCCUUAAAGCAAAAGAAACUGUUCAUUUUGGACUAUCACGACCUUUUCCUACCGUACGUGAACAAAGUGAGGCAGCUCAAGGGGACGACCCUAUACGGGUCGAGGACCCUCUUCUUCUUGACCCCCGACGGGACGUUGAAGCCCCUCGCCAUUGAGCUCACACGGCCACUGUCCGACGACGGCGGGAAGCCACAAUGGAAGCAGGUGUUCACCCCGUCGUGGCACUCCACCGGCAAGUGGCUCUGGCGGCUCGCCAAAGCCCAUGUCCUCGCCCACGACUCUGGAUACCACCAGCUCGUCAGCCACUGGUUGCGGACUCAUUCUGCCACGGAACCUUACAUAAUAGCGGCGAACCGGCAACUGAGCGCGAUGCACCCGAUCUACAAGCUGUUGCACCCGCACUUCCGAUACACGAUGGAGAUCAAUGGUCUGGCCCGUGGGUUUCUCAUCAACGGCGAAGGCAUCAUCGAGAGCUCCUUCUCUCCCGGUAAGUACUCCAUGGAGCUCAGCUCCGUCGCCUAUGACAAGCAGUGGCAAUUCGACUUACAAGCCUUGCCCAAUGACUUGAUUAGCAGGGGAUUGGCGGUGGAGGACCCGACGGCACCGCAUGGCCUUAAGCUAGCGAUCGAGGACUACCCCUUCGCCAACGACGGCCUCCUCCUGUGGGACACCAUCAAGGAGUGGGUCACCGACUACGUCAACCACUACUACCCCGAUCCGAGCCGCAUCGCGUCGGACAAGGAGCUCCAGUCCUGGUGGACCGAGAUCCGGACCGUCGGCCACGGCGACAAGAAAGACUCCCCCGGGUGGCCCGACCUCAAGACCCCGUCCGACCUCAUCCACAUCAUCACCACCAUAGUCUGGAUCGCCUCCGGCCACCACGCUGCCGUCAACUUCGGCCAGUACACCUACGCCGGCUACUUCCCUAACCGGCCCACUAUCGCCCGAACCAACAUGCCCGUCGAGGAUCCCAAAGAAGAAGAGCGCAAGCUCUUCUGGGAUAAGCCCGAGGUCACGCUCCUCACGUGCUUCCCGUCGCAGAUACAGGCGACGAAGGUGAUGGCGAUCCUCGACGUGUUGUCGAACCACUCGCCGGAUGAGGAGUACCUAGGGCAAGAUCCGGAACCGGCGUGGAAGCAGGAGCCGAGGAUACACGCGGCGUUCGAGAGGUUCAACGGGAGGCUGAAGGAGCUUGAGGGCAUCAUCGAUGCGAGGAACAAUGACCCGAAAUUCAGGAAUCGGAACGGAGCUGGGGUCGUGCCGUACGAGCUGUUGAAGCCGUUCUCCGAGCCCGGCGUGACCGGGAAGGGAGUUCCAUACAGCAUAUCCAUCUGAGAAGACGGCCUUCUUGUUCAGGACGGCCGCGGCGACGACGGUGGUUGCAGAGAAAAUGCUUUUCUUUAUAUUUUUGUGGAAGAAGGCAAGUGUAGUACAUGCCGACGACAGGCUGAUCAUCCUAAUUUGUGGACAACAUUUUCUAAUUGUUCGUUUCUACUCAUCUAGUCAAAAAGUGACCUCGUUCUCUUUUA